CACCUGUCGCGCGGCGCCGUACCUGGUCGGGUCGACUUUCUAGUCCAACACAACCAUCUACCACUCCAAUAGUGGUCAUGCAAGAAGGUCGAGUUCAAUAUGACACAAGACAAGAUGAAGCUAGAAGAUUGGCUGGACGAUCUAUGUGUGCGAUUCAUCAUAAACCUCCCACGUGAGGACCUCUCUUCCGUCGCACGCAUAUGCUUCCAGAUUGAAGAAGCACAAUGGUUCUACGAAGAUUUCAUACGACCCCUGGAUCCCUCCCUACCUUCCAUGUCGCUUCGAACCUUCAGCCUUAAGAUGUUCCAACAUUGUCCCCUCCUCGCAUCCUUUUCGACCGAAAGCCAUAUAAAAGCCUUUGAAGAGUUCCUACAGUACAAAACAAGAGUCCCUGUCAGAGGGGCAAUUAUGCUCAAUGAUGCCAUGGAUGCUGCUGUUCUUGUACGAGGAUAUAGGAAAGGAUCGAGGUGGAGUUUCCCGCGCGGUAAGAUCAAUAAGGACGAAGAUGAUCUAGACUGCGCCAUUCGUGAGGUUUAUGAAGAGACGGGAUAUGAUCUCCGAGUCGCCGGCUUGGUUGACAAGAAUGAGCCGGUCUACCCGCUCGAAGUCACUAUGCAUGACCAGCAGGUAAGGCUCUACGUGUUCCGCGGCGUACCGGAGGAUACCGUCUUUGAGACCCGAACGAGGAAGGAAAUCGGAGGAAUCAAGUGGUACAAAGUGGAGGAAUUACCGGCCUAUCGCAAGAAGAGGGGUGCCGGGAAAGCUCAUAGAGCUACUAGUCCUACUCAUGAGAAGUUCUAUAUGGUUGCUCCCUUCAUGGUUCAGCUACGUCAAUGGGUGCUGAAGCAAAGGAAAGCCGACCAGAGCAGAAUUGGUGAUUCUACCAUCCAUCAUCAUCCUCAACCCUUGUACGACGAUCAAACCGAUGACAAUGUCGCACCGGAGCCGUACAACGCGACGCCAGGCCUAGAAGCUCGCCCCGAAUUUAUGGACAGCGCAACUAAGGAAUUGCAACGAUUGCUAAAGAUCAAGCCCCCUACGCAAGGACUACAAAUCCUAUCUCCAAGUGCGGACCAGCAUACGGGGCAGACUCUUUUGUCUCUUCUGCAGCCCAAAUUCGAGAGCGACGAACAGGUGCCUGGACAACCCCAAGCGGCUGUUCCCGAGGCCCCAUUGGAUCAUAUACCAACGGGGGUUCCUACGGCACAAACCCAGCGUCAACGAGUGCCUGUUCCUACAUACGGAGCACCACCCCAGUUCCCACUUCAAGGGAACCCGAAUGCAGGUUACGCGCCGCAGCAUCGAGCUCGGCCGUUUGUGAAUGUCACAACCGAAGUUCCUCAUCCACCAACCUAUGCGGAACAACCCCAUCUGUUCCAGAACCAGCCUGUGCAACUAGUACACCCACAGCCAUUGCCACCUCAGGUUCGGAAGGCAGUACUCCUACGUGGGAUGGUUGCUUCACCACAAACGGGAGAGCCUCCUGCCGCUCGCUCAGAACCCUCCGGCCCAGCACAAGAAAACCAAAUUGGUUUCCAAAAUCAGCAGCCAUACCAUCAUCAUGCGCAUGUUGCUCAGACCGAGAAGCAAAUGCACCCUCAGCCGAAUACGCAUCCGGCGAACCUGUUGAAUAUUCUUAGGGGGAAUUCAGCACAAAGGGAUGCAAACCAACGUCUCGGACCGGAAUCACCCGGUCAAGUUUUGGGCAUACCAGCUGAGCACCAACAACACCAACAACACCAACAACACCAGCAGCAUCAUCAUCAUCAUCAAGUCCCUGUUCCAGAUCAUGGGUUUGCUAGCCAGUAUGGUGCUUCGGUCAUGCCUUCAACAUUUAACAAUAUCCCAGUGAAUAGUAAUCACGGAGCUGCUGCCUCAAGCUCAAACCAGCGGCCUGUACGCCCCACCGACAAGCAUCGCGCGGGCCUGCUCGAUAUCUUCAAGAAGACCGACCCGGCGGUCUCCCAAGUCCAAGUCGACGGGCAAGGCGGAAGUCGACGUUCUUCCCAGUUAAGUGAAGUUGACAAAAAGCAAUGGCCUAGUCGAUCCCCUACGGUUGCUAGUACUUUACGAAAUGCAGCUCAGGAGAAUGGUCGCCCUAUACAGAUGAACCCGGAGACGAACCUUCCGUACCGGGCGCUUACUAUACUGGCUCGUCCCCAACCUGGCAAGUCGCCGAGUGAGAAUGCAUCUGUUUCGGCUCGAAGCGCGGCGGAUAUAGCUCGUUACGGUAGUGUCGGAUCGCAGCCUAGUCCUCGCGCUUCGUUCAAUGGGGCUUCUCCUGCUGGUGCCAAUGCGUCGCCAUUGCCUCAUCAUAUGUUACUGCAGAAGGCUCAACAAUUGAAUCAAUUGUCAGCCAAAACUUACGCAGCCCAGUCGCAACCCUCCCAUUCUUAUCCUUAUGGUGCUGCCCAAGGUGCUCAACCUAAUCAACUGAACCCGUUAUCGAUGUUCCCUAAUCCCCCGUCCGCGUCCUCGCUACCGAUUCCUGGUGGUGCCCAAUUCAGACAGGAUGCGAGUGCUGAACAGAAGAACACACUUCUUUCGCUCUUCGGAAAAUCAAAAGCGAAUGUCGAACAAACCAAGGGUAAGGGGAUUGCUACGGGCGAGCAGUAUGGGCAUGGACCUGCUCCCGGAGUUGGCCUUGGGCCGCGAUCUCGGUUGGGCUCAGUGGCCUCUAGUGGAGGCGUAGGAGAGAUUCCGGGAUCGCUCCCGGCUACUUCGAGACGUGGGAGUUAUUCUCCCAUGUCUCCGGAAGAUAGGGAUUUCUUGUUGAACUUCCUUGAGAAUGCGUCUAUCAGUGCGAGGCGUUAAGGCGUUAGGGGUUUGUGGUAUUCCUUUUUUCAUUAUUCGGAGAUGUUCAUAAACUAGGGGGUCAUGGGGCGGUUUUUACAGUUAUAUGAACACAUCUCGGUGUAAAAGGGAAAGGGGGGCCUUAAUCUUGGGGAGAGGUCUUCGUGGAAUACAAGGGGAUGGCAUAAUAGGUAAAAGAAGGGUUGACCUAGUUGUUAUUGUUGUUCGGUUCGGCUGGCGAUAGUUAACUAGUAGUAUACCCCUCUUGGUUGGUG